CACGUGUGUCUCCUUAACCUGCUCCAUGUGUACAUUCAGGAGGGCUUGUCUCCCUGCCAUCUCAAGAAAGCAAAGCUCAUGUUCUUCUACACCCGCUACCCCAGUUCCAACACACUCAAGACCUACUUCCCUGAUGUCAAGUUUAACCGCUGUGUGACCUCCCAGAUGAUUAAGUGGUUCAGUAACUUCAGGGAGUUCUUCUACAUCCAGAUGGAGCGCUUUGCACGCCAAGCUGUCCGUGAGGCGCUCAACCGGGAUGGCGCCCCUCGUCUGGCCAGAGAGAGUCAGCUGCGUGUGGGCCGUGACACCGAGCUUUACCGCAUACUGAACAUGCACUACAACAAAAGUAACAUCUACCAGGUUCCAGAGAGGUUUAUUGAGGUGUCGGAGGUGGCUCUGAGAGAGUUUUACUCCGCCAUUUGGACUGGGAGAGACAGUGACCCCUGCUGGAAGAAAGGAAUAUAUAAAAUCAUCUGCAAGCUCGACAGUCCUCUGCCAGAUGCAUUCAGAAUGCCUGGUUGCCCGGUGGGCUGA